UUACCAAGAUACUCAGUUAAAGAAGCAAAGCAGGAAGAGGAGCCUUUCUAAGGUGGUUGUUCCAGAAUAUCAAGGUCCUAAGACUUUCCAAUUAUCCCAGUAUCUGUGAGGUAUUAGGAGAUCAGCGACAACUUGAGCUGGAGCUGAAGCUGAUUUGCUGGGAGAGCAGAGGUGAUGGAGGCCGGAGAGGGAAAGAAACACAUUCGGAGACAAAGGCAAGUCCUGAUAUUCUUUGUUUUACUGGGCAUAGCUCUGGCUGGAUCUGAGUCUAGGAGCUAUUCAGUGGAUGAGGAAUCUGAGAGUGGCUCCUUUGUGGACAAUUUGUUAAAAGACCUGGGGUUGGAGAUAGAAGAAUUAGCUGUGCGGGGCCCCCGUGUCGUUUCGAAGGGGAAAAAAAUGAGUCUACAUUUAGACAGACAGACUGGGGAUUUAUUAUUAAAUGAGAAACUGGACCGGGAGGGACUGUGCGGCUCCACCGAACCCUGUGUAUUACCUUUCCAGGUGUUAUUGGAAAAUCCCUUGCAGUUUUUUCAGGCUGAGCUACAGAUUAGGGACAUAAAUGAUCAUUCUCCAGUGUUCCUAGACAAAAAAAUCAUUUUGAAAAUUUCAGAAAGUAUCCCUCCUGGAACCACUUUUCUAAUAGAACGUGCUCAGGACUUAGAUGUAGGAAGCAACGGUCUCCAAAAUUACACAAUCAGUGCCAAUUUCUACUUUCAUCUUAAAUUACAAGACAGUCCCGAAGGCAUAUUACCGGAGCUGGUGCUGGACAAAGCACUGGAUCGCGAAGAACAGCCUGAGAUCAGGUUAACCCUAACAGCCCUGGAUGGUGGGACUCCACCGAGAUCCGGCACCGCCCUGGUCCUCAUUGAAGUACUGGACAUCAAUGACAAUGCGCCUGAGUUCACAAAGCUGCUCUAUGAGGUGCAGGUCCCGGAGAACAGCCCUGUAGGAUCCCAGGUUGCUGCUGUCUCUGCUAGGGAUUUGGACAUUGGAACCUAUGGACAAAUAUCGUAUGUAUUUUCCCAAGCUUCUGAAGACAUUCGCAAAACUUUUCAAAUAGAUGCAAAUUCGGGAGAACUUCUUUUAAAACAGAAACUGGAUUAUGAAUCAGUUCAGACUUACACAGUAAAUAUUAAGGCAAUAGAUGGUGGGGGCCUUUCUGAAAGUUGUGUAGUGUUUAUCCAAGUGAUGGAUUUGAACGACAAUCCUCCAGAACUAACCAUGUCCACCCUUAUCAAUCAGAUACCGGAAAACUUGCAGGAAACCAUAAUUGCUAUAUUCAGUGUUUCAGAUUCUGACUCCGGAGACAACGGAAAGACAGUUUGCUACAUCCAAGAUGAUCUUCCUUUCUUCCUAAAACCCUCUGUGAAGAAUUUUUACACUCUUCUGACAAACACAGCCCUGGACCGAGAGAGCAGAUCUGAGUACAACAUCACCAUCACGGUCACCGACUUGGGCACACCCAGGCUGAGAACCCAGCACAACCUAACCGUGCAGGUCUCCGACGUCAACGAUAACGCCCCGACCUUCACCCAGGCCUCCUACACCCUGCUGGUCCCCGAGAACAACAGCCCCGCCCUGCACAUCGGCACCGUCAGCGCCACGGACAGAGACUCGGGCGCCAACGCCCAGCUCACCUACUCGCUGCUGCCGCCCCGAGACCCGCAGCCCGCAACUUUCAAUGUAGCUUGGCACGGCAUUUUUAAGAAUUUUCUGGUGAAUUUAGAAUUUGAUUAG